AUGCAUAUCUUGGAGACAGCUCUGAACAGGUCCCCACUGGACAGCAGUGCCCUGCACAGUGGUUUGGCUGAGUAUUUGCAGGCUCCUCUGAUCACUCCUGUCUGCGUCGUUCUCCCGGGAGACACGUUCGAGCUGCUGCGGAGCGGGCUGAGGGCCACACACUGCGACGUGUCCUGGCUCUGGGAGUACGGCAACUACACCCUGCAGCUGCGGGCCCAGGCGGGGCAGGGCCACUCGCCCUGGGUCACCCUCAGCUUCAGCCCCAUGCACGACACAGUGAUUGGGCCCCCUGAAGUGAAGGUGGAGUCGGAGUCUGGGGCCCUGCACGUGGAUUUCUCGGGCCCCUUUGCUGAGCACAAGCAGGACAGGUGGUCUCUGAGGCAGUACUACGGCUCGUGGGGCUACAGGAUCCUGUACUGGAAGAAAGGCAGCACUACAGACCCCACCUCUGCUUCCAGGGUCUCCCAGGUAGAUACCCAACACAACUCUGAAAUCCUGUCCCAGCUGGAGCCAUGGACAUGUUACUGUGUCCAAGUGCAGGCGGUGAUUCCCGACUGGAACAAGAUAGGGGAGCUGAGCAGGGAGCUGUGUGAGAAGACAACCCACAAUGGUGUCACUCCGGUGUGGGUGGUUGUGACAGUGCUCAUUGGAUCCAUGCUGGCCGUGGCCACAGCGGUCCUUCUCUGUUUCUUCUCCUUUUUUUACCUCAUCCGACUCACCAAGCAUGUUUUCUGCCCUUCAUAUGUUUUCCCACAACACUUGAAAGAGUUCUUGAGCAAACCUCCCACUGCUCCACAGUCCUUCUCUCCACUUCCACAAGAAGAACAUCUUAUUUGUGACAAGCUGACUGUCAUUCCAGGAGAUUCCCAAAAUCCCAGGGAUGAGGCUGAGGAUGAGGCCAACGAGACACCAGAGCACCCCCCGGGCUCUGAACAAGGAGAUUCCGACUCAGGAGUAGGAACAGCUUCAGGGGAGACCUAAAUGCUUCCUUGGAGAAGGAAAACAAAGGCACUGUUGGGUUUAUCUCCUUAUUGCUGCUUUCUUCAGACAGUAAAAAUCCAUAGACAAAGGUGUGGGCACAGACUUUUGACAGAAUCAUUUUAUUUUUUCUAAAGUACAAGAAACUUGGCUGUAAAUGAGGAACUAAACAAUAUACAAUCAUUGCCACUGCUGGUUGUGGCUCCCUAAGGAGUUGUGGCAAUACCUGACACUGAUUAUGACAUUAAAAAGCAAUUUUCAUAUAUAUAUAUAUAUAUAUAAAGUACUAGUUAACUCUGAUGAACUAUUUAUUGCAAAAACUAAGCAAAAUAUUUGUAAAAGAAAAGCAUAUUUUGUAAA